AUGGCUUAUAAAGGUCGAGUUAUAUUCCUCAGACAGGAACAAGAUAAAUUAUACUAUUCAUCUCUUUUUCCAAAAGGUAAAACUGAACCUGAACUUGACUCUUCAACUGGGAAAUCUUCAACUACGAAAUCUACUACAACAGCAGCAUCUACAGCCACAGACACCUCACCAGAACUAUUUUCAAGCGCGACAUCCACUCUAGCACUUAUAAACGAUUACUUCAACCUGGACGUCAAACUGAGCUCCUUGUAUUCAGACUGGGCCAAAUGCGAUUCUCAUUUCAGUAAAAAGUCUGGUGAAUUCCCUGGAAUCAGAAUUCUUCGCCAAGAUCCAUGGGAGAAUGUGUGUAGUUUCAUCUGUAGCACCAACAACAACAUCAAAAGAAUAUCUCAGAUGGUUGAUAACCUCUGUAUUCAUUUUGGGGACUAUAUUGCUACACACGAAGGAGUUGCAUAUUACGACUUUCCAAAACCCCACCAAUUAAACGAUCCCUCUGUCGAAGCCAAACUUCGGUCUCUAGGAUUCGGAUACCGGGCCAAGUACAUCUAUAAAACCGCAGUCAUGGUCUCAACACCAACCGACUCUUCAUCGGACGGUCUUCCAGCUCUAUUCAACCUACGAAACCUAUCCUACGAGGAAGCUCAUGAAGAACUGCUGAAAUUUUCAGGAGUAGGUCCCAAAGUCGCCGACUGUGUCUGUCUCAUGAGUCUCGACAAACACGACUGCGUCCCCGUUGACACCCACGUCUGGCAGAUAGCUCAGCGCGAUUACAAAUAUGGACGCAAGUACAAAACCCUCAACAAAGUAGCUUACGACGACAUCCGCAUCUUCUUUCGCGACCUCUGGGGUCCGUACGCCGGUUGGGCACAUUCCGUCCUUUUCACGGCCGAUCUCCGAGACCUCAACAACGGAGUCAACACCACCACUACCCCGACUCCUCCUCCAGCUGAAGGGAAACCCGUGAAACAAGAACACAAAAUCCUCACCGACGACCAACCGCAUCCCAAACGACUCAAAACCACCUCCCCCAACAUCCUCAAACGCGGUCGACCAGCCGUCGUCAAAGUAGAGGCCAAUUAG